CAGCACAAACUGGGGACUUGUGCUGUGUGAACGGUGGAGCUGCAGCGCCUUUUACGCACGGCUCGUGCCUGCAGGCGGCUGUUUUUUACUUGAAUAUAAGGGUUGUCUUCGCCGUAUGAGACUCUUGCACACAUAUGAUGGCUUUCACCAUGCUGAGGCCGGUGUCGACGCAUCCAUAUUCCUACCCCGCUGACCUGACCUUGAUGUCGGACGACGAGGAGGGGAACCGAAGCGAGAGCGACGGCAGCACCGACCAAGGCUACGGCUGCUGCGGGACUCCGGGGGAGGGCUACAGGCGGGAAUCCGGCGGCGUGGUACGGCACCGAAACGCCGCUAACGCCAGGGAGAGACACCGGACUCAGAACGUCAACACGGCCUUCACAGCGCUGAGGACACUCAUCCCCACGGAACCGGUGGACAGAAAACUCUCCAAAAUCGAGACGCUGCGCCUGGCGUCCAGCUAUAUCUCCCACCUGGCCAACGUGCUGGUGGUCGGGGACGGGAGGGAGGACGGACAGCCGUGCCUCAGUGCCGUCUACAAAGAGGUGAAGGGGAGUGGAGAGGGCAAACAGCCCCGGAAUAUCUGCACAUUCUGCCUCAGCAACCAACGCAAAGGGGUGAAAGACAGACGAGACUGUGUGAAAAUGCAUGGAAGCAGUGCCAGACAAAUAAGUCGGCGAUGAAACUGAAUUGGAUCCAGACUUCGGGGAAACCUCCACCAACCGUUCCCAAAGUCUGGAAGCAUCUCAGUCUCUGAGGACUACUCUGGCUUUCUGCUCAUCACCCAGGAUGAGAUAAAACGAUCAGCACCAUCUGAUUCUUUGACACUAUCUGAUUUCAGAGUGAGAAACUUAGUGUG